AUGUCUGGCUGGGCGCGUGCGCUGUCGCUCGCGGCCGUCCUGGUCGUCAUGGCGUGCCUCGUCCCCGCGGCGACGGCGAGCCUGCAUGCGGAGGAGACGCUGGCGUCGCAAUUCGCGGAAUUCAAGCAGAAGCAUGGCAGGGUGUACGAGAGCGCCGCGGAGGAGGCGUUCCGCCUGAGCGUGUUCCGGGAGAACCUGUUUCUUGCGAGGCUGCACGCCGCGGCAAACCCACACGCGACCUUCGGCGUCACGCCCUUCUCGGACCUCACGCGCGAGGAAUUCCGGUCCCGCUACCACAACGGCGCGGCGCACUUUGCGGCGGCACAGGAGCGCGCGAGAGUGCCGGUGAACGUGGAGGUUGUUGGUGCGCCCGCGGCAGUGGAUUGGCGUGCGAGAGGCGCCGUGACAGCCGUCAAGGACCAGGGCCAAUGCGGCUCGUGCUGGGCCUUCUCCGCCAUUGGCAACGUUGAGUGCCAGUGGUUUCUCGCCGGCCACCCGCUGACGAACCUGUCGGAGCAGAUG